AUGCCUUACCUCGAAACCGCUCAACAAUGGCUCACGCAAUCAACCCUCCUCCUGCAAGCACGUCCCGCAACAACAAGAAUAACUUCAAAAUACACCAUCUCCCCACCGGCCUCUUCCAAAGCCUCCAAACCCAGGAAAUCAAAACCCGCUAAAGAGACAACUGAGCCAGCAACACACGCACCCGCACCCGACGCACCCCGCGCAACACUCACCCUCAAAACCUACGAUCCAGCCUCAGGCGCAACGCUGAAAUACAGCACGAACAAGGCAGCGGAGGUGUCGCGUUUAAUACAGAUAUUAGGGAGGCUGGCGCGGCCGAUGUGUGCGCUGCCGGAGGUGAAGGAUGAUGUGCCUGUGUUAGGGGCGGGAGUUGGGGGAGAAGGGGAGGGCAGUGGUGUCCGGACGCCGACUGUGGAGAGUGUGCCGGCUUUGGCGGGGGGCGGGAAGCCUGGGCAGCAGGCGCAGGGUGGUGGUGGUGGAAAGAAGAAGGGGAAGAAGGGGAAGAAGUGA